AUGAUCGGCCUGCGCAACGCCUUCGUUUUCAGCACGCUGCUGCUGGGCGCCUUCAGUUCGCCCGCCGCCCAUGUUCCAGAAGAUGACAAUGCAUUGAUCAACUGGGACGCGUUCCAAUCCUUACUCGACACCGUCGAUCCUGCUGCCUUGCAUUCCGUCCUCCACUCGCUCUCCCCGAAAUUCCAAGACGGUGUCUUCAGCAAGGACCGUGCAGCCAUUGAGCACGUCCAUUCCGAGAACCCCGUCAUCGCAAGCAAACUAGUCCAUCUAGCAAAGAAGAGACAGUCGAGCAAUUCAACUACCUCGGCCUCGACAACACCCUCCACCCCUGCACAGAGCAGUGCCGCCUCGGAAUCGAGCUCUCGGGCAGCCAGCGUCUCUUCUAUCCUCUCGUCCGCCAUCUUCGCGUCGACUGUGCCAGGAGCCACGACUGUGACGGUGCCACCGACGGCUCCGCCCUCUGCCACUCCCGUCGCGACUUCUGAUGGUGCUGUUGUCUUCAGCACAUUCGGCGGCGGCCUGGUGACCCUCACCUCCUCUGCUUUGAGUGUCCACUUCACUCCCAGCACCUCCACCCAGCUCUUCUUCGCAACCGCCGGCGACGGAACUGUUCAGACCUCGACAUCAGUGGUGGUGGUCAAUGCACCCGUGACAGACAGCGGUGAUGCCACUGGUGCCGCCGGUGCUGCGACCACCACCGGCAGCCCCUCACUGCAGAAUAGUGGCUCUUCGAUAAGAAUGGGAGGUCUCGCCUCUAUAUUUGCUGGUCUGGGAGGAUUCCUCUUCCUUGCGCUAUAG